AUGUUUCCCAGUGUGGGUAAACGGUUUCUGGUCCUGAUGCAGCCGCUUUUCCAAAGCCGGAACCUGUUGCUCACAAAUACCCUGAGCGGAGGGGUAUUAUUUUCACUGGGAGACAUCUUGCAGCAGAGCUGGGAGAACUUAAAGAAGCCAGGCAGAAAACAAGACUGGAGGAGGACAGGCUGCAUGUUCACGGUGGGCUGCUCCGCAGGUCCUUUGCUGCACUACUGGUACAUCUGGCUGGAUGGAGCGUUUGUGGGCAAAGCUCUGAAAACAGUGGCCAAGAAGGUUCUGGUGGACCAGGUGGUCGCCUCACCGUUUUUGGGGUUGUGGUAUUUUGGGGGUAUGGGUCUCCUGGAGGGACACACCUUAUCAGAAGGAUGGACGGAGUAUAAAAACAAGUUCUGGGAAUUAUAUAAGAUGGACUGUUGUGUUUGGCCUCCCGCUCAGACGAUCAGCUUUUUCUUCCUCUCGCCCAAAUUCCGUGUUGUGUACAUUAACUUUAUCACCUUCGGUUGGGUCAUCUACCUCUCCUACCUCAAACACAGAGAUGACAGCCAACCCUCUGAGCUGCUAUGA